CAUACAUAGUUGACUUUCAAAGUAAUUUCAAGUUGAUAUGAUAAAUUGAAUGAUGUAUAAUUUGGUUCUAUUGUGGGCAUUUGUAAUCGUGGCGGUUUUACAGCAGUCAGUUACCUUAAAGGACGAGCGCUCCUGCUCCUUGAUCCAAAAUGCGCGCUUCGAACUGCUCUGCGGAGGUGUCUACAACAUCGAUCUCUUCUUGAAGUACAGGGACAGUCUGACCUCAGUCAACGCACCUUACAAGGUGUUCUACCAGAUCCAGGAUGGCUUCUAUUCCCUGCUGGUGUGCUUCAACGACUCUCCGGUUCAAAGGUGCAACAGUACGAUCCAGAUGAGCGCAGAUCUCGAAUUGUUUUGCGGGGACAGUGAAUCGCCUUUGAGGUUACCCGACUCCCAGAUAUUCUGUCACCGGAACAUCUGGAGCUAUGUGGACGAUUUGCUGUACGAGUGCACUACGCCGAGGAUUGCCAACUUUCGUGUGUGUGAGUGCGAGGGAGAGGCUGCGAUACACUACGCCUCCAAGUCAGAACUGGGAGCUCCGAAACAUGGUUCUGCUGCUGGAAGACAAGCUUCAUGGACCUUGCUUGCCUGCCUUCCGAUUGUCCUGCUUUCAAAUGUGAUAUAGCUGUCAACUGGUAUAUUCAAAAUUUAAGUCCACCCGAAGUCUGGUGAAACAUGCGUUUCUGUUCCAUGUUCGUGCUCCUCCACAUAGUGCGCAGGCUGGAGAAGGCCAAGAGUAUGGGCGACCUCAAAGGAAGGGUCAAAGGGAUUGAGGGAUCCUCGGCUCGACUGCCGCAGACCGCAUUAUCGCAGGGAGGGCAGAGGAAAGAGCUCUUCCGCACCCUGCUCAAAAUUGUUCCAAAGUGAUUUGUGCCGAGCUCCUCCGUCAGUCAAUAAACAUAAGAGCACUUUCGCACUGCUCACACGAUUUGUAUCGCAGCCCCUUAAA